UCGACCGCGGUGCUUGUGACUGCUCCCCCACAUCAUCAGCUUCCACCAGGCCUCGUCAGCAUUCUCGCUUCCACUUUUACCUCGCUUCCUCAAUGACAUCCGUCAAACUUUAUGUCUAUGAUUUAAGCCAGGGCAUGGCAAAGCAAAUGUCUCUCAAUCUAACCGGUCGUCAGAUAGACGGUAUCUGGCACACGUCGGUGGUCGUUUUCGGCCAAGAAUAUUUUUACGGACAGGGCAUUAUGAAUGCGAUACCAGGUACCACUCAUCAUGGUCAACCAAUGCAAGUUGUAGAUAUGGGCGAAACAUAUCUUACUGAGGAAAUAUUUAUUGAGUAUUUGAAUAGUAUCAGCUCCACCUUUACGGCGGCAAAAUACCAUCUUCUCGACUUCAACUGCAAUACGUUCACCAAUGAUGUAUGCCAAUUUCUUACAGGAAGGAAUAUACCAGAUCAUAUAACCGACCUUCCAGCUGAUUUCUUGAACACACCAUUCGGACAAUCAAUGAGGCCUAUGAUCGAAAACAUGUUUGGACCUUCAAGUCUGAACGGUACAGCAGCGCCAAUUCAGCAACAACCUGUUCCGUCUGCAUCGUCCAUGUCCCUAUUAAACAAUGUUUCAUCAGCCGCCUUGUCAGCCUCGCCUGCCUCCGUCAACCCUGUUCAAAAUAUAGGUAACCUCUCUUCCCUAGAGAAUCUUAUCAAAUCCCAGCGAGGUGUUCUUGCUUUCUUCACCUCCUCCACGUGCCCACCUUGUAGAGUGAUUGAGCCGGAUUUUAUGCGCAAGCUCGAAGAUGUCAACCAGGAUCGAAUCAAGGUAGUGGGUGCCAAGAUAGACACGCAUGUGGCAUUUGAUGCCGCUCAAAAGUAUCAAGUCAGAUCUACACCGACGUUUAUGGCUUUUGUGGACGGGAAAAAGUUUGCUGAAUUCUCUGGAGCCAACUUCGCUGAGCUCAACAGCACCGUCGAUCUUAUGAUAUUCACCAUGUAUCCACCUCAUUGCCACCGCAAGAUCAAUUUGCGCGCCAUUUUCGAUAUUUCAACCGAUCCAAUUCUAUUCAAAAACAGUGGCAAUUUGGAGAACAUCAUCAAGAAACUUCAAAGUUUACUAGACGAGGCAAAUAUCACCUUAAACCCCACCGAGCAAACAACACUUCAAAAAGCAAAGGCCUUCAUCGAAAAGCCUCAAGAGAACGACGGCCACUUUACGCCCAAAGAGUGGGAUGAGCUUGUUGCUUCGAUAUGCUCAAAGCUGCCCACUGAUAAGCAAUUUCCUUUACUUGAUUUGUUCCGAUCUCUCAUCCUUUCGCGUGAUAUCGGAAACUUCUAUACCCACGAUUGCACAACGAUUGCCAAGUUGAUUGAAACUGCAGCUACACAAGAUGUGGCUAAACCAACGUUAUUGAUGACUUUGCGAUUGAUUUGUAACACUUUUGCUCACCCUGUGUUAGCUAGAACACACUUUUCGUCAGCUUUACCAGAUUCUCACCGCACUAUUGCAACAUCGCUACUUGUCAAGUCUUUACUUUCUAGUGAUGCAAGCGUACGGCAAACAGCUUCUUCACUGGCAUUUAAUUUCUCCUGCGUCACUUCCAAAGAUCGCAUGGAGAGAGAGAGUACAAACGAACCACCUAGAGAUGACGAGGAUUGGGAAGUCGAAAUCAUCAGUGCUGUGACAAAUGCUUUGGAAAACGAAACCGAAGGAGAAAUUGUGUACCGUCUGGUUUCCACCCUUUCAAAGUUGCUGUUCUUGGCACCCAAGGAAUCGCCAUUGCCCAGUUUGGUAUCUAUCUUGGACAUUCAAAAGGUCAUCAAGGAAAAAGAUUCUAUACAAGGAAAGACAUAUGGAAGCAAAAUCACAGCGUUGGCAAGAGAGAUCGAUGAGCUUGUAGACGCCAGUAUGAGAGAGAUGGAUGAAUGAAUCCUUUAACUACUUAAUUUAUGUUACACUUUAAAACAUAAACGUUGGUUUCGUAGUAGUAGAGACAAAUAUUGUAAUGUACACGUAAAAACGAAAGAAAGGAAAGG